UCCCAUAUCGAGCAUCAAGUACCAAGCAUCAAGUUAUGGGUCACUGACAGGACGUAUAAGAACUGAGGUGGAUCAUGGACUUUCGAGCUCUCCAGUCCGGCCACUCACUUUCAAUUCUCAACGAUUAAACUAAUCAGUUCAUCUGUCGCCGGGCGAUAGUUUUUAUUUGUAACUUUACUAUUUCGAAAGAAGAUCACGUAUUCGUUCUAUUACCUCCUUCACCCUCUAUUCAAUAUCCCAACCUUGAAAACUUAGUCGAAAGUCUAUAAUCAAGAAACCAACCAACCAACAACAUGCUUCCUCAACACGUCCUCCUUGCUCUUGUCGGCGCCUGCACCGCCGUACCCCUCAACAUCAACUUGGGAGCCUACUCUCCAGCCCUGGUAGUCGGUGAUGGUGAAAUAUCUUUGGGAUCAGCGGAAAGCGCGUCAGGACUGAUGGCAACACUCGCCUCGGGCGCGGCCGAGGGCCAACCACAAGGUCAGCAAGAGCAACAGCAGCAGCCGCCUGCAGCACCGCCGGCACCCCCGGCGGAAGCCAACCAAGAACCACCCGCUGAGGCGAACGCAGAGAACGCAGCCAAACGAGACCUUUCCGCCGUCCUCAAGCGCUCCCCGGCAAACGAGCACAUCGACGCCAUCAGCCACGCCAUGGAGUGGAUCAAGCGCGACCUCCCCGGCUUCAACGCCGCGCUCGCCUACGCCCGCGAGGCCAUGCAGAACACGCCUAAGAUCGAGAUGGGCUCCGAGGGCGCCGGCGUGGGCAUCAUUGUCAAUGCCGGUCUCAAUGUCCCUGCCAACUCUGCCGCCAAUGGCCAGCCCCCUGCCGGUGAGAAGAAGGCGAAGAGGGAUGAGGUCGUUGCGGAGGAGGGUGAGGCGCCGAAGAUGACGCUUGUUGCCAUCACUGAAGUCUGAGCACGCUUGAUACCCUGUUUGGAAUUGGGACGAUGGAAAGCAAAUGGCAACGAUGGUCUGCCAUGAAGACUACUGUAUUUUCUUACUUGUUUUGGUGUUUGGUGUACGACUUGGAUAUCACGCUUGAAUGUCACGUCGAGCGUCAUGGGAGGGUCAAUUACUACGCUACCUGCGGCGUCACUGGAGGUUCUGAAAUAGUUGGUGGAAACUGAAUGAGGAAAAGAUAGAGCAAUAAAACUUAUACACGAUCAAAGACUGUUCUUGUUCUUUUGCAUUGAUCAUGUUGA